AUGACUGGUUAUCCACAACAGCAGCAGCAGCAGCAGCAGCCCGGCAGUGGAUUCCUUCAGCCACAGCAGACCGGCUACCCUGGCAUGUCGCAGUUCCAACGACCCAUGCAGACUGGCAUGCCUUACCAACAACAGCAGCAGCCACAGCAAGGUCUUGUCCCCCAGCAGACCGGCAUGAUGGGCGGCAUGGGCAUGCAGCAGGUCCGACCGCAACCGACGUCUCAGUUCCUCUCUCCCGGUCCCACCGGUAUGGGCAUGGGUAUGGGUAUGGGAAUGGGUGGUGGUCUGCAGCCGCAGCCUACCGGAUACAUGGGCGGCCUGCAGCCCCAACAGACCGGCUUCAUGCAAGGCGGAGGUCUUCAGAUGCAGCAAACCGGCCUUAUGCCCCAAAUGACCGGGAUGCCCAUCCGCGAUCCACGAUUGCAGCUCAUGAGCGCCCAGUUCCUGCCUGCGUCUCAGCCCUUCUCUGGCGCUCCCGUCGCCGGCAACAUGAACUUCAGUCAAGCCAGCAUGCAGCCUUCCAACUUCCAGUCGCAAAUCCAAAACCUAAGUCAGCAGCAGCAAGGCUCCAAGGAGCCGCGCAUCCCGUGGGCUCUCACCAAAGAAGAACGCAAGAGCUACGACGCGAUCUUCCGUGCUUGGGACGCUCAAGGCACUGGCUUCAUCAACGGUGAGGUCGCAAGAGAGGUCUUCGGCCAGAGUGGUCUCGAGACUGAAAAGCUCAUGCAGAUCUGGCAUCUUGCCGACACGGGCAACCGCGGAAAGCUCAACGUCAACGAGUUCCAUGUUGCCAUGGGUCUCAUUUACCGUGCUCUCAACGGCAACGACGUGCCAGAGACGCUUCCCCCCGAGCUCAUCCCCCCAUCGGCCAAGGAUCUCAACGACUCGGUGGACUUUCUCAAGGACUUGCUCAAGAAGGACACCAACGUGCGCCACAGCACCGGUCUCAACAUUCCUGAGGCCGGCUCCAAUAGCGGUGCAUCGUACACAAAAGCACGCUCUUUCCACGAGAACCCCGUUGCACCCAAGAAGGAUGCCACCGCGUACAAGCACGAUGACACUGACGUCGCCGGUUACAAGAGCAGCAGUCGUCAUCUCGACCGCAAGACCGUCCGCUACGAAGGGCAGAGCGCUACCGACGAUCUCAGUGAGAUGAAGCGCCAGCUUGCCAACACCCAGAAGAUGCUCGACAAGCAGGGCGCAGAGGACGAUGAGGAGCGUGAGCUCGAACGCGAAAUGGACGACCUCCGCUACCGCAUCCGACGCAUUCAGGACGAUAUCGAGUACUACAAUCGUCGAGGCGGCCGCGAUUCCGCAGACUUGCGUCGCAAGGCUGAGCGUGAACUCAUGCACCUCAUGCACGAGCGCCUGCCCCAGCUAGAGAAGCGCAUCGAAGCCAAAGACAGCCGCCAGCGUGAGCGCGAUCUUGGCCAGAGCCGCGAGAGGGACCGUCGUAACGAUCCUUACGGUCGCUACUCGUCCAGCGAUCGUGACCGCCUCCGCGACGACGAUCGAAGCAACAGCCGCUCAAGCUCCACUCUCGGUGAUGGCGAGUAUCUGCGUGGCACUUUUGACCGUGAUAGCGACAGGCGUAGGGACGACGGAGACAGCUACCGGCGCCGAGGUGACGACGACCGCGAAGUACGUCCAUCCCCAUCCCAGGCGCCACCUCCUCCUCCACCCGCUGAGCCUGCCAAGCCUGCUGCUCCUUCGCCAGCUCCCUCAACCCCUGCUGCCUCUUCCGGUCCUCCCAAGAACAUGUCAGCCGAGGAGCGCGCCGCUUGGAUCCGCUCCGAGGCCCAGCGACGUGUGCAGGAGCGCAUGCGCAUGCUCGGCGCCGUCGCUCCUGCCGGUCCCACUACCGUCGACACGAGUGUGGAGGAGCGACUCAAGGCUGAGCAGGCCGAGGCCGCUGCCAAGAGUGCUCAGGCUGAUCAGGAAGCCGCUGCCCGCGAAGAAGCUCGAAAGGCUCGUCUCGAAGAGCACCGUCUGCAGAACGAGAAGGCCAGCCUCGCCACCGUCAAGCAGGAAAUCAACCAAGCGGAAAAGGGCGACAACCCUCCACCGGCACCUAUCGUCCAGGCGGCCAAGGAAGAGAUCGACGAUCAAGAGGAGAUGAUCCGACGUCGUGAAGAGGUGCUCGCCAAGGAGAAAGCGGAACGAGAGGCGCGUCUCAAAAGGCUCGAAGAGCAAGAGGAAGAGGCUCGCAAGCAGGAAGAGGCUUUCAAGGAGCGUCAGAGCAUGUUUAGCAGCGGUACGAAAUCGACUUCAUCGGCUCUGCCUGCGCCUUCGCGCAAGUCGGGCAAGUCGGCGGCUCCACCACCGCCUCCUCCUUCGCGAGCUCGUGCUGCACCAGCGCCAGCCCCUGUUGCCGCGCCAGCAACACCUGCGACGCUCGCUCCGCCGGAAGCACCACCUGCCCCUGCCCAGCCUAGCCCCACUCCUAGCACGGGCUCGAGCACGAAUCCAUUCCACAGGAUGCAGCAGGGCGCAGGCGGUGCCGCUGCCAGCCCAUCGACAGCUGCACCCGCACCUCCGGCCGCCUCAACACCUGGUGGAGGCACCAACCCGUUCUUCCGUCCUCAGCAACCAGCAGUGGACUCCAAUCUUCCUCCCGCCACACGCGCCACUCCUCCUGUGUCUGCUCAGCCCACCGGCGCCACCCCCAAGUCGGCUUCACGCACUAUCUACACUGCGCCCAAGCAUGACGACGACGACUGGGAGGACUCGGACAAGGAGGAAGACAACGAGGAGGCAGACGGUCCCGGAUCCAGCACACGCGCUACGCGUCAGAAUCUCGCUCAGGCCUUGUUCAGCAACCUGAUCCCCAGCAGUGGUCGAUCGACACCUCCUGCUUCGGCACCCAGCGCACCGGCUCCUCCUCCCGCGCCGCCUGCCGCUCCAGGUGCCCCGCCAGCACCAGCUGCACCCGCAGCUCCGGCCGCUCCGGCCACGUCCGAGGCCAAACCAGCAGCUGGGCCGCUCGACCGUGGUGCUUUGCUCGGACAGAUUCAGGGCGGUCUGAGGCUCAAAAAGGCGCAGACCAACGAUCGAUCCAAAGCGCUCGUCACUGGCAACGUGAUCGGAGAUGCCUCACCACCUGUGCAGACGUACAUUCCCCCGCCUAGCCCUCCAGCGGCGCCCAAAGCUUCGUCUGCUGCUGCCGAGCGAUCGGUUGAUGGAGGUGUCGAGGGAGACGCACCCCCGCCUCCACCUCCUGCCCCACCCGCGCCUCCUGCUCCUUCCAUGCCCGGCUCGUUUGACGCCGUUGGCGAUUUUGCUGGAAGCAACCCAAACCGACAAAGUGUUGACUGGGCUAACAGCCUUGCUAACGACCAGGCCAACACCAAGGCCGCUUUCUCCCCUGACGAGCCGUCUGUGCGUGAGGAAGCCGAGGAGGACAGCCCUGACGAGGAUGAAGGACCUGAAGACCUCGAUGCCGGCCACAAGCCUGGCAACGGACACGCCGAUGCUGGGCACGACGAAGUGGAAGGCUUCGACCUCUCCCGCACGGUGCGCGUCCGCACACUGUACAGCUACGCUGGCCAGCGAGACGAGGAUCUCAGCUUUGAAGAGAACGAUGUUUUGUCAGCACACCCGGCGAAGGAUGCUGACAGUGCGUGGUGGUACGGCUCGCUCACCAGCGGAUCCAAGAAAGGUUUCUUCCCGCGCUCGUACGUGGAGCCAAUUGACAAACCGGCCAAGGCCAAAGCGCUGUACGACUACUCGGGAGCUUCCGCAGAGGAAGCCACUUUUGUCGAGGGCGACACACUGCUCGUCGUUGAUAAGGAGGAUGCCAACUGGUGGCGCGUCGACGUGGGUGGAUCCAAGAUCCUCGUCGCUCCCGCUACGUACUUGGAGCUCUCUGGAUCAGUGUCGCCACCACAAACAGCAUCGGCAUUCCUCCACCCCAACGAGGAUAGCGACGGCGGGUCGGCCGUUAUGGUACGUCUUCAAUCGCAAGAUUCUUCCGCCGAGCAUCAGAGCAGGGGCAUCCCCAAGAGCGCCGAGUGGGUCAUGGUCGACGAAGAAACACGCAGCCUAGGCUCCUCCACCGUCCAUGUUCCACCACCUGCACCUACCACUGCCGCCGACACGGAUGCGGACGAAGAGGCGCAACUGAAAGCAGCACUCGAAGCCUCGCAGAAGGACCAUCGACUGCAAGAGGUCGACCGAAUGCGCGAAGAUCGACAGUUGCAAAAGGCGAUUGAAGCAUCAAAGAUGGAAGCGGUUGCGUAUGCGCUCGGCUCGAUGGACGUCAAGGAACCUUCAAGGGGGGUGAGCGCGGUGGAAGAGUCCGGGGAGAGUGACUCGACGACCGGGUGGACUUCGAGUGAAGACGACGAUGAUGAUGAAGAUGACGAUGCGACGGCUGCAACGAUGGCAGCAGAAGAAGACGCGACGCCGCACACAGAUGCUGAGAUUCGUCAGCAUACCAUCGAGAGGCUGCGCGUACUCGAAGCUGCGGGAGUGCUCGUCAAGGCGGAAGAUCCGACACAGUCCAAGGAUGUUGCCACCGACGAGAAGGGUGAUGGAUCCAAGGAUUUUGCCGGGGCCGAAACGAGCCAGUCAUCCAAGCCCGCUCGUCGACCUCCACCGCCACCAGGCAAAAACAGGCACAAAAACAUCGACGAGCUCGUCAUGCUUUCGCGCUCACGCACAGCCAAGCGACCUCCCAAGCCGGAAGAGCCUCAGCGUCGCAAGCCGCCUCAUCGACCUCGAAAGAAACCCAGUCGAGACCUUCCACCCGUGCCCAUCCAUGGCGCUGCUCUGUCUGCGAGUGGUGACACCGCUCCAGAAGACCGCAUGGAGGACGCAUACGAUCGGUACCUCAAGCUCACCAAAGAGGUCUCUAUGCAACCGAUCUUGCCUGCCACUGCUAGCGCGUCCGCGUCGGCCAGGAAUGCUGCUGUCAUCUCUCCAUCUUCGCCACCUCCGUUUGCUACUGGCUCGCCGGCAAGACCAAGCUCCGCUGCUGGCGACCAGUCGUCGCGCACCUCGGGCUUCUUGUCCACCAUCAAGUCCAUGUCGCAUCGCAGCGCGUGGACGGGCUCGUCGGGUCAACCCGCACGACCGGAUUCGGGAAUCGGAGGCAAGAUCGUCAGCGGCCCCAUCGCUAUGGGCUCCGCAAGCCCUUCCUUCGGCGGGCUUCUGCAGCCUGCGUCCAUCUCUGAGCCGCAGGCUGCUGGCGGUGAAGCAGCUUCUUCCGAGACGUCUGAGGCGCCGUCGGCCGCUGCUGGUGCGCGUGCAGGCGCUACUUCGUGGUCGAGCCUGGUUGGACCCGAGCUGCUCUCUGGGCUUUCCGACUUGGAACGCAAGAGGCAGGAAGCCAUGUUCGAGCUCAUCUCAACCGAGACGGCGCACGUUCGCGAUCUGCAGAUCAUUGUCGAGGUGUUUUUCAACUCGAUGCAGAGCAUGUUGUCGGAUAAGGCGAGUACGGUGAUUUUCGCCAACAUCGAAAGUGUGCUGUUCGCCGCCGUCACGUACCUCUCGGAUCUCGAAGCGAGGCAGAAGGAGGACCGGCUGUUUAUCACCACCAUCGGUGAUGUGCUCGAGCGACACAUGCCGGCUAUGAGCGUCUACCUGCCGUACUGCGUCAACCAGCAGAGCGCAAGCGAGAUCUUGGAGGCCGAACGCAAGAGGGAUACACGCAUCGACAUUCAUCUGCUCAACUUGAGGACAAACCAUCCGGCUGCGCGGGGGCUUGAUCUGAGCCAUUUCCUGCUGGUGCCUAUGCAGCGCUUGACGCGCUACCCGCUGCUGCUCGCCCAGAUCCUGCGGUACACGCCGGAGGAUCAUGUCGACUACCAGCGCGUCAAGGCGGCCAAGGAGACGGCCGAGGGGAUUCUGGCCAAGACCAACGAGGCGAUCCGCGACAACGAGGACGCCACGGCGCUCGCCAAGCUUUCCGAGAACCUCUGGCUGGGCGAAGAAGCACGACUGGACCUCACCAAGCCGUUCGUCGACCCGGCCAACCCAGGCGUCAAGCGCCAUCGCCGAGUGCUCCGCGACGAACUCGUAGCCAAAUCCAAAUCGGGCCGCAAGCUUCGACUGGUGCUCACCACCGACCUGCUGCUCGUGCUGCACGCCCAGGAUAACAGUCUGUACAGGAUGCCCAUCCCUGUCAGCGAGGUCAAGGCGCAGGAGGCCAAGGGCAAAGGCAAAAGCGCCAAGCAUGCGGAUGCAUUCAACGUGGUGCACGAGCUGCCGGGCAUGCAGGCGGAUACGCUCAAACUGCGGGCGGCCAACGCGAGGAACGCCCAGGCUUGGAUCCGCGUCGUCACUGCUGCGCGUGCUGAUGUUGCCAAAACCUAG